AUGUCAUUUGGAUUCACAUCUCUCAAAGUGAUGCAUCCGAUGUACUCACUAAUGAUGAUUGUAGAAAGCUUGGGUGUACUUGUGCGAAGUGUUUACGUGGGUUAUCGUAUUGGAUGGUGGCAAAUGGUACCAGAUGCAUCUACACGAGAAAGUGAGGCGUUCCAAAAACGGGUGUACGUGUCAAACAGAAUAGCUGACACACUUUCAAAUUUACUGGCAACGGUGCUGUACAUACUGUAUUUGGUGGGUGGUUAUGGCGUUCAAGGUUUAUUGUCAUUACUGGAUUUUGAAGCCUGA